ACCCCCCCUCAGGACCCCCCCCAUACCCCGCUGUGGUGGAAUCCACAGAGGAGUUCCACUUUGUGGAGCGGCUGCUGCCCCCCGCCUGCGUCCCUCCUCCCCCCCAGCACCCCUCCUACCCCACGCCAUCAGGGUGGAUCCCCCCACAAGCACCCCCCCCCUCCCUGCCGUUCCACGUGGGCCGCUCCCGCAUGCACAACCUGCCGCUGUACCGCAAGGUGGCCAACGGGAACCGCCGCAUCACGGAGCUGCGCCGCAUCCGAGGGGACAUCUGGGCGCUGGAGAAGGAACUGAGGGAGUUUGUGGGGCAGCGUGUGGGGAAGGAGCCGCUGACCCAGGUGAACGAGGUGACCGGGACGCUGCGCCUCAAAGGGCACGUGGACAGCGAGGUGCGAGAGUGGCUGCUGCGCAAGGGGUUCUGAUGGCCUCUGGUGGAGCUGGGGGGCAACAAAUCGACCCCACAAGGCCCUGAAAUGCACCUGGAGGGCACCAAAAUGUCCUGGGGGCACCAAAAUGAACCUGGAGAGCAACAGAAUGUCCACAGGGGCACCAAAAUGCAUCUGGAAGUCACCAAAAUGCCCCCGGGGGCCCCAAAAUGCCCCCAAGGGACCCCAGGAUUCAGCUGGAGGCCCAGAAUGCCCCAAAGGGCCCCAAAAUACACCCAGGGGACCCCAAAAUUACCUGGGGGGGUAGAUGGGGCGACUCCAGUGUGUGAUGAAAUGGAAUAAAAGGUGUUGAGCA